GGUGGAAUAAAUGGCUACACAAUUCAGGGAAAUACCAACUACCUUCAUCUUCCUCCCUCCAUGGCUCCCUCAAUUCCUUCGCUUCAUCUUGCUUUUGCCUUUGCCUUUGCCUUUGCCUUUGCCUUUUCCCUCCACUCUGUUUUUGGACGCUACACUUCCAUCUUCAACUUCGGCGAUUCCCUUUCCGAUACCGGAAAUCUCUAUUACACCUGUUCUUCUCCUAAUCCUGUCAAUGUUUGCUUCCUUCCUUACGGGGAGACCUUCUUCCAUCGCCCCACCGGCCGAUUCUCCGACGGCCGUGUCGUCCUCGACUUCAUUGCUACAUGGUUGGGGCUUCCUCUGGUACGCCCAUAUCGGAGAGUGGGGCUGGGAGGAGAGGGGAUUAGCGCUGAGGAAUUUGGAAAGGGCUUGAAUUUCGCGGUUGGGGGAGCAACUGCGCUCGAUUUGUCGUUUUUUGAAGAAAGGGGAGUCCAUAAUGUGCCAUCUCACGCCGUCUCCCUCGGGAUUCAACUCCAUUGGAUCAACAAAACAUACUCUUCCGUUUGUGCAUCUUCUGCUUCCUCCGGGUGCAGGGAUAUAUUUAAAAAUUCGCUAUUUAUCCUGGGCGAAAUAGGAGGCAACGAUUACAACUACUUUUUGUUAGAUAAUCGAACCAUUACAGAGGUCACAUCUUUAGUACCAUUGGUGGUUAAAGAAAUUAGUUCCGCUAUCACGGAGUUGAUUGAGUUAGGUGUCGGCACUAUAAUGGUUCCUGGAAAUCUUCCUCUUGGGUGUCUCCCAAUAUAUCUCCAAGUGUAUGCAACAUCAAAUCCAAGCCAAUAUGACCCCCAAAAUGGUUGUUUGAAAUGGUUGAACCAAUUUUCUAAGUACCAUAAUGAGCAACUUCAACAAGAACUCGAGCGGAUUAGAGCUCUCCACCCCCACGUUCAUCUCAUCUAUGCAGAUUAUUUUAAUGCAGUUAUGCGCAUUCUCAAUGCUCCAAAAAAAUUCGGAUUUACAAAUCUCCACCAAGUUUGUUGUGUGGAUGAGAAUAGAUCAUACUACUUUCCAAUGCCUUGUGGAUUGCCAUCGACAAUUGUAUGUGAUGAUCCUUCCAAAUACGUUAGUUGGGAUGGCCUUCAUUUAACCGAAGCAGCAUAUAAAUUGAUAGCUACUAGUUUGAUGCAAGCCUCAUUCACGGCUCCUCAAUUUAGUAUUCUCCAACAAAAUAGCUCCACCAAGUUACUACAAUUACAAUAAUUUUUAAUUUUCAUCCUUAUAUUAGUAUGCAAUCAUGACUUUCAUUAUCUAUACUAA